GCCUCGUCCCAAAGACUCCACACACACGCCUCACAGAAGCCCAGAGCAUAGCAGAGCAGAGCCGAGCGGGAGCGGCCAUGGCGUCGUCGAGCUUCAAGGUGACGCGGAUCUCGGAGGGCGCGGUGAAGCCGGCGUCGGAGACGCCCGACCACACGCUGCCGCUGGCGUGGGUGGACCGGUACCCGACCCACCGGGGCCUGGUGGAGUCGAUGCACAUCUUCCGGUCCGGCGCCGACGCGGCCCCCGCCGUGAUCCGCGAGGCGCUGGGCAAGGCGCUCGCCUUCUUCUACCCGCUGGCGGGCCGCAUCGUGGAGCAGCCGGAGAAGGGGUGCCCCGCCAUCCGCUGCACCGCCGACGGCGUCUACUUCGCUGAGGCCGUGGCCGAGUGCAGCCUGGAGGACGUGCGGUUCCUGGAGCGCCCCCUGCUGCUCCCCAAGGAGGACCUCGUCCCCUACCCCGCCGCCGACCUCUGGGGCGUCGAGCCCCACAACACCAUCAUGAUGAUGCAGAUCACGAAGUUCACCUGCGGCGGGUUCGUGAUGGGCCUGCGGUUCAACCACGCGUCCGCGGACGGCAUGGGCGCGGCGCAGUUCAUCAAGGCGGUGGGCGACAUGGCGCGGGGGCUCCCGGAGCCGUCGGUGAAGCCGGUGUGGGACAGGGAGAAGUUCCCCAACCCGAGCAUCAAGCCUGGCCCGCUCCCGGAGCUCCCCGUGCUGGCGCUGGACUACAUCGUGCUCGACUUCCCCACGGGCUACAUCGACGGGCUCAAGACGCAGUACAAGGCGCACAGCGGCAAGUUCUGCUCCGGCUUCGACGUGCUGACGGCGAAGCUGUGGCAGUGCCGCACCCGGGCGCUGAACCUGGAGCCGGACGCCACGGUGAAGCUCUGCUUCUUCGCCAGCGUGCGCCACCUGCUGAAGCUGGACGCCGGGUACUACGGCAACUCCAUCUUCCCCGUGAAGAUGUCCGGGAGCAGCAAGAAGGUGCUGGAGUCGUCGGUGAUGGAGGUGAUCGACAUGAUCCGGGAGGCAAAGCAGCGGAUGGCGGUGGAGUUCUUCCAGUUCGCCAAGGAGGAGACGCGGCAGGAUCCCUUCCAGAUGAGCUUCGACUACGAGUCCAUCUACGUCUCCGACUGGAGCAAGCUGGGGUUCUCCGACGUGGACUACGGCUUCGGCCCGCCCAUGUUCGCCGGCCCGCUCGUGAACAACGACUUCAUCGCCUCCGUCGUCAUCCUCAAGGCGCCGCUGCCGCUGGACGGCACCCGGAUGCUCGCCAGCUGCGUCACCAAGGAGCACUCGGAGGAGUUCGCCCGCGGCAUGAAGGAGGACCUGCCAUGAGCGAGCUCCUUCGCUUUGCUUUGCCAGACGACCGAGAGAACCUUGGCAUGCAUGCAUGCAUGCAGGGGGGUGGGGAUGGAAGCAUCGUGGAGCUCUGCUGAUGCGGCUGUUUGGUUGAUAUAUUGUUGCAGAUGUUGUUGUAUUUGUACCUGUUUUCGUUGUAUUUACUUACUUUGUUUCUACAUCCAUCUUGAGCAGUACGUUACCAUUCUUAGAAUGUAGACAGCCAAUUUGAUUUUUUAAUCAUUUGAUACGAGACAAUAAAAAUGAUACAUACCUGCAUUUGGUUACUUGAUUGA